UUGCUGGUGCUACUUCGGUGUAUAUGCGCGCGUGUAUUGGUGGGACACGCACUUCGGCGGGGCCGUGGUUCUCGCUCUCUCUCCUGUUACAUCUCAUUCCCUCUUUCUCUCGAACCCCUCUAUUCACCGCGACUAUCCUCUUUGUCGCCCUCACGGAGGCCAUCGUACCGAAAGCGACCGAGCCAGGCCAGGCACUACGCAAGAUGGCUGUGUGUCGCUAACGAGAGGCCGACAAACCAGACGGGGAAAAGACAACCCGGGGAUAAACGGAACAUGCUGCUACGUGAUCGUCGGGCCCGUCCCUGAACAGAGAGACACUGGCCAAGAAGCGAGAGCUACUCGGAGUGUCAACGCGCAGAAACCUGAUAUUCGGUAGAUGCCUUUUGAGAGCCGCUGGCCCGAAUCAGCGUGGAACCAUACAAAGGCACAUGGAAUGUGUGACAUGUUCAUCCAAACACAGCAGACGAGUAGCGUCAACGGCAGCAGCAGCAGCAGCAGCAGCAGCAGUAACAACACCGUUCACCACCACAGCAAGAAACGCAAGUUGGAGUACAACGUGAGUCAGCCGGUGAUCCAACACGCAUUGGUCCAAUCGACCGGCGACUACCAAUUAGACAAUACCGGUCUGCAACAACGGUACUCCGUGAACGGUGCUAAUACCGCAUUUAGCUCGCUGCACAACAAUAAUGCGCUGCAGAAGAGUAGCCCGAACCAACAGACCCUGGUACGAGCCUCGACGAUCAAGCUCUUAGACACGUACCAACGCUGUGGCCAGAAGAGAAAAACUUGGUCGAGGGAGGGUAAUGGUGACGGCCUGGCAGUCCACUCCGCCAACGCGACGAACGCAGUGGGCAGUACUGUAGUGUCGCAGCACCACACGCAACAGCAACAGCAGCAGCUGCAACAACAACAGCAGCAGCAGCAGCAGCAGCAGCAGCAACAACAGCACAAGCAGACAGGCAUGACGGCACAUAGCAAGCAAGUGACCAACGCUGCCAAUGGGGGCGGUGGCAGCAAUCCCCAAGGAGACGGAGAUUACCAGUUGGUACAACACGAGGUUCUCUAUUCUAUGACUAAUCAGUAUGAAGUCCUCGAAUUUUUGGGCAGAGGUACUUUUGGACAGGUCGUGAAAUGCUGGAAAAAGGGAACCAAUGAAAUAGUGGCCAUCAAAAUUUUGAAGAACCAUCCAUCAUAUGCGCGCCAAGGGCAAAUUGAGGUCUCCAUCCUGUCUCGACUUAGUCAGGAAAAUGCGGAUGAGUUCAACUUUGUGCGCGCUUAUGAGUGCUUCCAGCACAAAUCCCAUACCUGCUUGGUCUUUGAGAUGCUAGAACAGAAUCUGUAUGAUUUCCUGAAACAGAAUAAAUUUUCGCCUCUACCGCUCAAAUACAUCAGACCGAUUCUCCAACAAGUACUCACCGCUCUUUUAAAACUUAAGCAAUUGGGGUUGAUUCACGCCGAUCUUAAACCAGAAAAUAUUAUGUUGGUGGAUCCAGUACGUCAGCCUUAUCGUGUUAAAGUUAUUGAUUUUGGGUCAGCCUCUCAUGUGUCUAAAGCUGUCUGCAACACUUAUUUGCAAUCGCGAUACUACCGUGCACCUGAAAUUAUACUUGGACUUCCAUAUUGUGAAGCGAUAGAUAUGUGGUCGCUCGGCUGUGUGGUUGCGGAAUUAUUUCUAGGGUGGCCUUUGUACCCUGGUAGCUCGGAAUACGAUCAGAUUCGAUAUAUAAGUCAGACACAAGGUGUACCAACGGAGCACAUGUUAAACAAUGCCAGCAAAACAACAAAAUUCUUUUAUAGAGACAUGGACAGCACGUAUCCAUUUUGGCGAUUGAAAACACCGGAAGAACACGAGGCUGAAACUGGUAUCAAAUCUAAAGAAGCAAGAAAGUAUAUUUUUAAUUGUCUCGAUGAUAUUGGUCAAGUUAAUGUUCCGACUGAUUUGGAGGGUGGUCAACUUUUGGCAGAAAAAGCAGAUAGAAGAGAGUUCAUAGACCUCUUGAAGAGGAUGCUCACGAUGGACCAGGUAGAGCGCCGUAUAACACCCGGGGAGGCUCUGAACCAUGCCUUUGUUACGCUGGCUCACUUAGUCGAUUACGCGCAUUGUAACAAUGUCAAGGCUUCCGUCCAAAUGAUGGAGGUUUGCCGACGAGCCGGUGAUUUCACUGCGAGUCCAGCGCAUCACCAAGCUCCGCCAGCACCUCAACCACCUCCACCAACGUCAUUGGUAGCUAAUUUCGUGCCGACGACGAAUGGUAGUGCCGUAACUUUCACCUUCAAUAACCAGUUGACCAAUCAAGUACAACGAUUGGUUAGGGAACAUCGCACUGCACAAACAGGAUAUGACAAUCUGUAUCAAAUAUACAGUAACAGUAGUCGUCGUGCGACUCAGUACAGUAGCUCGUCUAGUGGAUCAAAUAGCGGACGAAGUGGAGUACAUGACUUUCCGCAUCAAUUGGUACCCGGUCUACUUUGUCACCCACCCAGUUAUCAAACGAUGCCAAGUCCUGCAAAACACGUAGUUGUUGCUCAACCUCCACAAGCGCAACAAGCUCCGCUACAAAUUCAACCAUCAAUUAUAUCGCAACAGGCUGUUGCUGCUGCAGCUGCAGCUGCUCAACAACAGUAUGCCGCGGUACCCGUAUCUAUGGUAGAAACUGGACGACAAAUGUUAUUGACUAAUGCUGUACAAACCUCUUGGCCUGGUGGAAGUCGUCAAAUGGCUGCUAUCGUACCAUCUUGGCAGCAAUUGCCACCGCAACACGCAGCGAUACAGCAACCAUUAUUGAGCGAUGCAGGGGAUUGGGGAAGACCUCUUAUUGUGGAUAGUUCUGCCAUUCUGCAGGAUCAGCGGCCAGUAUUUCCUGUCACAGAAGUUUACAAUACUAGCGCCCUUGUUGAACAUCCUCCUCAAGCUUGGGCGAAACGUAGCGUGACGAAGCAUCAUCAGCAUCACGUGACAGUACCCCAACAGUCUCAGCACAGGCAUGAACAUAAGAAAGAAACGCAGCAAUUAAGCCCGGUGAAAAAGAGGGUGAAAGAAAGCACACCUCCGAGCAACAUGAGACGGCAUUCACCUUCGAGCAGUCAUUGGCAGCAACAACCCAUGCAACAACAUCAUCACAGCAGUAAACACAGCAGUAGUCAUAAUGUGGAACACCAUCAAGUUACAUCUGGUCGGCAGCAAACUAUUACUAUUCAUGAUACCCCAUCGCCAGCAGUUUCUGUUAUCACGAUCAGUGAUAGCGAAGACGAAACGCCGGGCAAAUGCUGUGGAGAUCGGCAAUGCGGAGCCUGUCAAAAUUUGGCAACUCGCCUGUCUGGCGAUGGACGUCCAGUUCGCGAGGAAGUCAUUCGAAGCACGCAGUCAACACCACGCGUGGUCCAGCCUAUGCAACAAACUCAUUCGAGUAGUCAAUCGCACACUAAUGGACACGCGACGGCACAUAGUACGUCACAGAGGUCGCAGCGAAAAAAUAUUAUCAGUUGUGUAACCGUUGGUGAUAGCGAUGGCGAAGCUAGUCCGGGUCGAGCACAUAAUCAUCUGUAUCAACAUUUGCCGCAACAUCCUCAACAUCAGCAAACUACCCAGCUAAUUAAACACGAGCCUCAACAACAACAUCACGUCAGCAGUAGUAGCUCUGGAUAUUCUUCCCAAUCGCAGAAGAAACGUUUGUUGGCCAAAGUACAAUCCGAAUGCAAUAUGGUGAAUGUUGCGACGAAACCGGAGCCCGGUGUCGAGUACCUUGCACCACAUCCGUGUCACGCGCCAGCCUGUAAAGAGCCACCGACCUAUCAGGAUGAUGCCUAUGACAUGCAUGACUACUUCUUGCAGUAUGUGACCACGAGUAGCGCGCAUCCCCACCUUCAAGAGCAGCAUAUUGUGUACACGACCGGCACGGACAAGCGGGUAUCAUGGCCUGGAAAGAGGGCUGAGUACAAGCACGAGUACGUUCAACCACCGGCCGCUCAUUCCAGAGACCAUCAGAAAUGGGCAGUAGCGAAUACUGUGCAUCAGUACAGGCAGAGCCAGGUGGUGGGUUCGGCAGCCCAUCCGGGUCAUACCCACAGUCAUCAUGGGCAUCCGGCCCACCUCAGUCCUGGGGGCGGUGGCGGGGGUAGAAGUCCUGCGGGGGGGCCUGUAAUAGGAAGUGCCCAACAUCUGGGUCAGCCCCUGUACCAGGAGUACGCUCACGUACGUUCAAGAGCCCAUGCCGUGCCACCCCCUGUAUACGUUACCGCCGCGCCUUCUCAGGCUCCCACUGCUAUCCAGCAGCAACAAGUGCCCACCUAUCAGGGAUUCACACCCGGGUGGGUACCUAGACACCUAGUUGAUGCAUGCAUCUCGUCUCCAUUAACGUUGUAUGAUUCUAGUCGAGCGUUGCCACCACCAGCUCAUCACAGCUCGGCCAGACCGUUACUGGCAAGUCAUGCAGCGCAUCCACUGCCUGCACAUAUGCAGCCAACAGCCGUUUACGGAUUGGCCCCGCUUUCACCGGCCAAACAUCAAUAUCAACCUUCUAGUUUGUGGUUCACCGAGUAAAUUAUUCCUCUGUCUGGUUUCAGAAGAAAAAAAAAAAAAAAAAAAAAAAUCAAAAACGGCGCGCGAGCACUGGCUUUCGCCGCAUCUUUGCUUUUUUUUUUUCUUUUUUUUUUUUUUUUUUUUUUUUUUUUCUCUCUCUCCCCCCCUUUUUCUUUUUACAAAUUAAAUUUUACAAGAUCGAAAGAUGACUCUAUGACUGGUCGCGUACGAUACGAUGAUCGAAUAAAGGGAAAAAGAGAAACUCCAUCGUUAUACAUUUGUCACAUUCAUUCCUCGCAAACGUGUUUUCUUUUUUUUUUUUUUUUUUUUUUUUUUCAACUAGCAAACGAAGGGGAUUUUUCGCGAUUACUAUUAUCAACUAUUGUAAAAAAAAAAAAAAAAAAAAAAAAAACAGAAAAUAAAACGCUAAGCUUGUUGUUUGUAUCGUCACGAAAAAAGAAAUUUAUGACUGAAAAAAAGACUCGCGACGGAGUCUCGAGACAAGACCGUUGAAGUUUGCUCUUCAACUUAACUUUUAGACAAUCCGUCCUUAAACAGCGAUCGCCUCCCCCCCCUUCAAACUGCCUGUCUGUGCUAUUACAAAAAGAAGAAGAAGAAGGAGAAGAAGAAGAAGAAGAAAAAAUGGAGAAUUAUCCAUUCGAUUUCGAUUUCGAAAAAGGAAAUAUAUAUAUUUAUGUAUAUAUAUAUAUGAAUGGUCCGAAAGUCGAGAUAGACUGAUCGCGUUUGCGUCGCGUCCUAAUGCUUUCAUUAGCGUUAUUCUGUCGUGCGUAUCCAUUAUGAAACGUGUUGUCUUUUUCCUUUUGUUCGGUAAAUCGUAAAUAAUUGAACGAAAAAGCAAAUGAAAGUAAAAAAAAAAAAAAAAAAAAAAAAAAAAGGAAGAGAAAGGUAGAAAAAAAUGAGAGAAAAGGUUUUUUGAUGCUUCUUCUCAUUGCGCAAUUGUUUCCUCAGUGAACCAUUGCUUUGGUGAUUUAUUAUUUGUAUUAUUUUUUCCAAAUAUUAUUUGGUGAUAUAUGAUCGAUAUAACAAUUUUUGUUCGGCUUAGACGGCGCAUAUGUUAUAUACCUGGCAGUAUAUAUAUAUUAUAUACUUGAUGUGUUUUGUAUAUUUUUGAAAAAAAAAAAAAAUGUUGCCGCGCCAAAAAAAAGAAGAAAAAAAUCACGUAGAUGAUGUAUAAACGGAGGGAAAAAAAAGACCAAGCGAUUUUGAUUCUUCGAGAAUGAUAUCCGAGUUUGUAUUGUUUAAAAAUUAUGCGCGGUUUAAGUGGAUAAACCAUCGAUAUCGGUGAUUUGGUGAAAAAAAAGAAAAGAAAAGAAAAGAAAAAAAAAACACAAAAGAAAAAAACCAAAAAAAAAAAAAAAAAAAAAAAAUUGGGCUACUUUAGUCGAGAAACAAUUUAGCAAGUUUAUCUUUUAAAUCAAAGUUCAGCGUUAACGGGAAAUAAAUUUGCAUUUUUCUUUUAUGGUAUGAUAAGUACGAUCAUACACGUCAUAUUAUAUACUUUUAAUGAUGCUCGUUAAAAGAGAAAAGAAAAGAAAAUAAUCUUAGCGCGGCAAUUAGUUAAUAGAAUUUCAACAACAGAUUUUUUUUUUUUUUUUGUUACCGAGACGCUUUAUUACCACGACAACGCUUUAACGCUGUUAAAAUACUUGAAGCGUUCUCGUAAAUUCAUUGAAAACGGGCUCUAUUUUUGAUCGUCGAAUGAAGAAAUCCCGUUUCUUCACAGUCACAGAGGGGAGUUGAUCAAUUUUUUACACGCAUACACACAUCAUUACACAACACAUUGAAUUCGUUGUAACAAAAUGUGUUCCAAGUUUUUAUUUGUUGUCUUGAGUAAGGAGUGCCGUUGGUCAAUCUCCGCAUCCCGUCACGUCCUUCCGAGGAUGUUGCCACGUGAAAGCACGUGUGUCUUUUGUGGGUUUAGAAUCGAAUUCUUCUAUUUUUGAUUCGAACAAUGUUUAACGAAUAUAUAUUUAAUCGCACGAUUAAUUUGUAUUUGACAAAAGCUGUGCCUUCUCGCAGCAGCCUCACUAUUUAUUUUUACCACGUAAUUACUCUCUUAUUCUCCUCAUUAUAAUUAUUACUAUUACUAUUACUACUACUACUAUUACUAUUACUACUAUUACUACUACUACUACUACUACUACUACUACUAUUAUUGCGAUUAGGCAUCACUGAUUUUAAGAUAAUUACACUGCUAGCAGUUUUCUUCGUAGAUAAUCCCCCGUUUACAAUAGAAUUGAAUUAGAUUCGUUGAAUUGAGAUUUCUUGCUAUUACAACAUUUUUUUUUUUUUUUUUUUUUUUUCCUUUUCAACGUUGAAAACAUAUUUCUCGUACAAUGAAUUUUCACACGCACUUUUCUUUUCAUCGAAACACACCUUCGUUUUCACCUGUUUACGUUUUUGCAUUUCGAACCAGGGGUUAUAUACACAUAUAUAAUAUAUAUAUAUAUUUAGAAGAAUGUACCUAUCGGAGUACAUUGCACAAAUAUGCGGUACACAAUAAUUAGGAUGGACAACAGGAAAGGGGAUGUGUGUGUACAAUAUAAUCGCGAAAUUGUAAAAUUUUGAAAGGGAAGGAGGGAAGAGGAUUGAAUAUUCAAUCUUUUGCAAGACUUAAAAAAAAAAGUCGUCGAAAAAAAGACGACUGUUCGUUGCAAGUAUUCGCUUACAAUUGUCGGAUUGCACACAUUUUUUUUUUUUCUUCGACGUACACUCGAUUCUUUCCAUUGCGAUCAAGCAUGUCGAUGGUGCAACUUUUUCUUUUUCUUUUUUUUUUUUUUUCCUAAGCAAUUCUUUCGUUUUUCUUUUUCUUUUUUUUUUUUCUCUCUCCUCUCCCCUUGAAUCGAAUCAUGGUUCUUCCUUGUUCGCACUUCUUCUUCACGUCAGUCAGUAUAAAGGAAUCAAUUUCUAUCUUCUUAAUGGAAACAAAACGGGAAAAAAGGGGAAAAAAAAAAAUAUUGAUUGCAAUUCUCCCGCAUUCGAUGUAUGAUGUGCAUGCCCAAAAUGAUCGAUUUGUACAUAUAAUUAUCGCGAGUGGCUCUCUUCCUACGUUUUAACAUGUUUGAGAACAGCUCCUGUAAGAGGAUGGAUUUGCCACAUCAUCCGAUCAUCAUUUUACGAACUCGCGAAAUACUUUUAACGAAAAGAAAAGAAAAAAAAAAAAAAAAAAAGAAAGAAAGAAAGGAAAAAAAAAUAAUAAUAAUAUGAUAAUGAUUUUUCUGCGUGCUGACGUAUUAUUAUUAUAUAUAUAUCUCGUGGUUUUUAACGGAAUGACGCUUAGGCAUUGUUUUGCUAAUUAUUUUAUACACAUAGCUGUAUGAUAACGUACAGGAAUAUUAGCCGCGGUAUGUUGAUUGUAGAGUGAACCAUGUCCAGAGUUUAAUUAGAAGUAUUUUACACUUAGAGCGAAAAUGUUGAAUGAACAAGUGAAUAUGAAUAAACGAAUCGUGGUCAGCGUGAUUGAUAGAGAGAAAGGGGAAGAGAGCGAGAGAGAAGUGUUAGAGAGAGAGAGAGAGAGAGAGAGAGAGAGCGUGUGAGAGUGAUAGACACUUUUAGAGAUACGUUACCUAUAAAGAAAUUUUUCAAUUUCCUAAAAAAAAAAAAAAAAAUUAACACAAAAAUGGAAAAACUGGCUAAUUAAUUCCAAUUCGAUAGAUAGAGGAUGGAUAUAAUUUUAUAAUACGUGGUCAAAAGACACAUUAUUACAAAGAUUCGGAAUAAUGAUAUAUUUAUUUCUCGCGAAAUAUUUCGAAAUAAUCCGUUCGAUCUAAUUUUUCAAACGUAAAUUUCAAAUUUAUUAUUCGGCGCGUUAUAACGAAUGGAAAUUGGCUUUAUCCGUUUAUUUACGCGCGUUAUUAUUAUCGAUAUAAAAUUAAAGAGGAAAAGGGGAAAAAAAAAAAAAAA